CACGGACACACGCUCACACACACGCACUCACACACACACGCACUCACACACACCCCACGCGCGCGCACCCCCACGCAGGCACACACCGGCACACACACGCACCCACAUACAUGCACACGCGCGCCCGCCGCACGCACUCGCGCACACGCCCCGGGGGGAAGGAAGGAGCCGCGGCCGGACGCCCCGCAGCCGCCGCCGCCAGGAGCCCCUGCCGCCGGCUUUUGUCUGCUGCCCCCGCCGCCAGCCCACCCUCCGCUCCGCUCCGCGGACAGCCGCCCGGCAGCAUGGAUGUGGCGCUCUGAGAGCCGCCGGAGGAGCCGGGGCAGAGCGGAGCGGGGCGCCCGCCGGAGGGCAGAUUUUGAAGUUUGAAUAAGGAUUUUUUUUUAAUUGCUUCCCUUUCCCCCCUCCCUUUUUUUCUUUUCCUUUUUUUUUUCGUUUUUUUUUUCUGUGUGGCUGAAUCCCUUCCUCCAUCUUCCUUGACAGUUUUUUUUUCCUCCUUCAGUAUUUUUUAAUCUGCUGUGUGGGGUUGGAUUUUAUUUUUACAGCUAGCUAGCUAGCUAGCUCUCCUACCUAUAGAAACCUUCCUCUUCGAGGCGGCUAGCAUUAAGCAAGAUACAGACUCGCAGGCUGCUAUGGAUUUUAACGGCAGCUCUGGUGGGGGCAGCGAUCACAGACAGAUAGAGGAGAGCAAGCCAUUGCUGGGUGAAAUGUCUGCGACGGAGGGGAAUAAAAUGGGUGCUGCUCCGUGCCGGCGAGCGCUGCUCCACUGCAACGGCAUGAGGUACAAGCUGCUGCAGGAGGGGGACAUCCAGGUGUGCGUCAUCCGGCACCCCCGGACAUUUCUCAGCAAGAUCCUCACCUCCAAGUUCCUGCGGCGGUGGGAGCCGCACCACUUGACCCUGGCGGAUAACAGCGUCGCCUCGGCCACGCCAACGGGUUACAUGGAAAACUCCAUUUCCUACAGUGCUAUUGAAGAUGUUCAACUGCUGUCCUGGGAGAACGCCCCUAAGUACUGUUUACAGCUCACAAUCCCGGGGGGUACUGUCUUACUACAGGCUGCAAACAGUUACCUGAGGGAUCAGUGGUUCCAUUCUUUGCAGUGGAAGAAAAAGAUCUACAAGUACAAGAAAGUGCUCAGUAACCCCAGCCGCUGGGAGGUGGUGCUGAAGGAGAUCAGGACGCUGGUGGACAUGGCGCUGACGUCUCCACUUCAGGAUGAUUCUAUUCACCAAGCACCACUGGAGAUUGUCUCAAAGCUGCUCUCAGAGAACAAUAAUUUAACCACUCAAGACCAUGAGAGCAUUAUUGUGGCAAUUGCACCUUUGCUGGAAAACAACCAUCCUCCUCCUGACCUCUGUGAAUUCUUCUGCAAGCACUGCCGAGAGCGUCCUCGGUCGAUGGUUGUCAUAGAAGUGUUCACCCCGGUGGUACAGAGAAUUCUCAAACACAACAUGGAUUUUGGGAAAUGCCCUCGGUUGCGUCUGUUUACUCAGGAGUACAUUCUGGCUUUGAAUGAGCUGAAUGCUGGAAUGGAGGUGGUCAAGAAGUUUAUUCAUAGCAUGCAUGGUCCAACUGGACAGUGCCCCCAUCCCAGGGUCCUGCCAAAUCUUGUAGCUGUCUGCUUAGCAGCCAUUUAUUCGUGUUACGAGGAGUUUAUCAACAGUCGAGACAAUUCGCCAAGCCUGAAGGAAAUUCGGAACGGCUGCCAGCAGCAAUGUGACCGAAAGCCUAAUCUCCCCCUCCGCCUUCUUCACACGAGUCCUGACCUGGUCUCUCAAGAGGCCACCUUGACUGAAUCCCGGCUCAAACCAGUCAUUGUCACUUCAAAUGAGAUCCAUGUGGAAGUAGAGCGCAACAACACAGCAAAUCAGAAGAUGACAGCUAAUGUUGGCAAUGACAGCGAACCCAACCUGAUUGACUGCUUGAUGGUCAGUCCUACCUGCAGCACCAUGAGCAUUGAGCUGAGUACCCAAGCAGACAGGAUUCUUGGCUGCUAUGUUGAAAUACUCAAGAUGCUGUCAGACUAUGACGACUGGAGACCAGCCCUCGCCAGCUUGCUUCAACCUAUCCCGUUCCCCAAAGAGGCACUCGCGCAUGAGAAAUUCACAAAGGAGCUGAAAUAUGUGAUUCAGAGAUUUGCGGAAGACCCAAGACAAGAAGUCCACUCAUGUUUGCUGAGUGUGCGGGCUGGCAAGGACGGCUGGUUCCAGCUCUACAGCCCUGGAGGAGUGGCAUGCGAUGAUGAUGGAGAGCUGUUUGCCAGUAUGGUUCAUAUUUUAAUGGGAUCCUGCUAUAAAACAAAGAAGUUUCUGCUUUCACUGGCUGAAAAUAAGCUAGGCCCCUGCAUGCUGCUGGCUCUGAGGGGUAAUCAAACGAUGGUAGAGAUUUUGUGUUUGAUGCUGGAAUACAACAUCAUCGAUAACAAUGACACCCAGCUCCAGAUCAUCUCUACCCUGGAGAGCACAGACGUGGGAAAGAGAAUGUAUGAACAGCUGUGUGACAGGCAGAGGGAGUUAAAAGAGCUGCAAAGAAAAGGUGGUCCCACAAGGUUAACACUGCCAUCCAAGUCAACAGAUGCAGACCUGGCCCGCUUACUAAGCUCGGGAUCUUUUGGAAAUUUGGAAAAUCUCAGCCUGGCCUUUACCAAUGUAACAAGUGCUUGUGCUGAGCACCUCAUUAAACUGCCUUCACUCAAGCAGCUGAACCUGUGGUCAACUCAGUUUGGAGAUGCAGGGUUGCGGCUUCUGUCCGAACACCUCACAAUGCUGCAAGUGCUCAACUUGUGCGAGACUCCUGUCACAGAUGCUGGGCUGCUGGCACUUAGUUCCAUGAAGAGCCUGUGUAGUUUAAAUAUGAACAGCACUAAACUUUCAGCGGAUACCUACGAAGAUCUCAAGGCUAAACUACCCAAUCUGAAAGAAGUGGAUGUUCGCUACACUGAAGCAUGGUGAACUCUCCCUGUCUCUGUUUCUCUCUUUUGCUUCUGACAAGAAGAAAAAGAUUUUUAAAAUGAACCAGAAAAAGAAAAAAACAACAAAAAAAACACUUUUGGCUAAUACGUGUAGAGCAGUGAAUCCCGGGACUUGGUGAUAGGAGUUGUGGUGUGAGGUAGAGGAGUCGCGUGGUGUGCGUGUCGGGGCGGGGGGGGGACUGAGCGGGCCUGGGCCCUGCCCCAUUCUUUGAGCUUUGUAAUUUCAGAACGAACAUAAUUUAAAUUGAAAAGAAAAAAAAAGACUUUGUAGCAGCAAGAGGAUUAUAAAGAGGAAAAAACCCACCAUUUGUGGAUUUUAUUUGCCUUUGUGUUUUAUGCCGUGUGGAGAAAAAAAAAAUAUAUUCAUUCGUCAUUAUUUGCCUGGGUUUCCUUGGCUGGGACCCAUCCAGUAAGAACUUCUCCUUGACCAGCUUUGUUCCAGAAAAGCAAACUUAUGAAAUAUCAAGAGAGAGGGAAAAAAACAAAACCGAAAUGAUUUUCACCUCCCUCCCAUGUCCUUGCAGUUGUUAUGCAAAGUAAUUUUGUUGUACAUAAGAUUUACAUAAUGCACCUAUUUAAGAAAAUGGUUCACAAAUAACAGGUCUGGGACCUGUCUUUUAUUUAUGAAUUGUUAAUUCUUUUACCCUUUUUUUUGCGUAUAGUACUGUAUAAACUAGUUUGCUGUCUUGUUGUUGUUAUUAUUUUUUUUAAAAAGGAACUGUCCUUGAAGAAUUGCCUUUUAGUAAUGCAUACUGUAUUAUAGUCCCUCUCUGUCACAACAUUCAUCGCAUUGUCUUUUUAAUUUCAAAAUGCCGCAAACAUUAUCAAAUAGGAAGGAAAAUGUUUAUCAAGGGUAUGGUUAUUGGGGGAGGGGGUGCAGGCUUUAAUAUAAUCCAAAUUUCCUUCCGAAGUCUGAAAACUUUCUUUAGUCUUUUAAGCCCUGUUAGCUUUAAACGUGGGGGAUAGGGAAAAUGCAGUGUUUAUGUUGCCAAUGGGAUAUUCACAAAACUCUCUACAUUUUACAAGUCGCCUCUGUUGUUUUAUGUUUACGUCCAAUAUUUCAAAAAGAGAAAAAAAGCUCUCCCUCCAUUUUGUGCAUAGGCUUUUUCUUUUCCUUUUUUUUUUUUUCUUCUCUUCUCCUCCUUUGCUCCCUUUCCCGUACCUGUUACUGUGCACACAUUGUUCUGCACCUUCCUCUGGGGAGACCGAAAAAAUAACGUGGCUGAUCUGAUCGCUCUGACCUGCCUGUAAAUGUGACUGCUAAAUUUUCCAAAUUUUCUUCCACAACUGCUUAGAAGAUGAUUUUUUAAAAAUUGUGGUUUCUUUUAUAACUAUGCUGUUGACUUUUUUUUUCAUAAUGAGCCUUCAUUGUACAGAGCUGCUUAUUUAAAAAAAGAAAAAGGCAAAACAAUUUUUUCUUCUGUUUAACACCUUUAUUUUGUUCUUCAGCACCUCAAGGUUUCACAUACAGCCAAUGUAAUUUUUUAUAUAUAAAUAUAUAUAUAUUUAAUCUUAUUCAAUGGAAGCCAAGCUUUUGUUUGUUUGUUCAUUUUUUUUAAAAAACUUUGUUGCUGUAUAAACCACCCCUACCCAAAUCAUGUUUUUUUUUUUCUUUUUUUCUUUUUGUAACAAAAUGAAACAAAACUGAGUCUUAACUCACAUAGUGUGCCAGGUUCUUUUUCCCCUUCAAAUCCCAAACUGUAUGAGGAUGCAGUAUGGGAAGAAAAAAGAAUAAAAAAAAGAAGAAGAAUUAUGCCAACAUUUUCCUUAGCACUGUUGCUUUUACCAAUGGUUUACUACUACUGUUCUGUAGCUGUGUACAAAGAGAUGUGAAAUAAUUUCAGGCAAAAAUAAACUGUAAGUGAAUAUCUUUUA